AUGUGGGGGAAACUUUUGAGUAUUUUUGAACAGAGAACUGAACAGAGACAAGACCGUCUGUUUAAUGAAUUCUUUGGAAUCAAGGAAGAGGACUCACUUGACAGUGUAGCAAAACUCAUAGCAAAGCUAGAAAAACUUUGGGUUGAGCUACAGGACGAAACUUGGAAAGAAGAUAAAGUUAAGCUUCCUGAUUCAUUAUUCCUAAAUAGGGUGUUGAAUACGUUGCCCUGUGAAUAUAGUGAAUUCAUUAACGCUUGGGAGUCUGUACCGAAGGAUCUGAGGACACUGUCAUUAUUGAGAGAGAGACUGUGUACUGUUGAAAGAGAAUGA